CCCAUGUUGAAUUUCGAAUUAUUCUUGCUUUGCUGCAGUUAUGGGUAAACUUCGCCGUUGGUUGAAAUCGUUAGCUAAUAAAUCACCCAUUAGCUAUCAAAGUUUGGAUAGUAAUAGCCUUUGCAGCAGCACCGGAACCGGUGACAUUGAAUCCGCUGCAAGCGUGGAUAAUUUGUACGAAGAUAUUGAGAAUAGUAACGCAGCCGAUCUAAGGGAUCCCAUAUCAUACAGUCUAUAUCUACGACAGCACUUCAUUGAUCUACGGCAUUUGUCUGCACCACAGAACAACGGCGAUAUGUCUUAUAUCCGAAAUAUUUCUGUUGCAGCUAGUGAUGAAGAUGUUGAACAAUAUCAGUUCAACGAAACAGAUUUGCUGAAACGAGCCCGCAAUAAAACAUGUUCACAGAACUUACCACGGAUUUGCAUCCGUAGCAGCGAAACGAUUUGGAGGAAGCCGAAUCCUACGGCGAGUUUUGAAUCCUGGUACGCCGGAUGGGUGUUUCGGACGGACAUGAACAAACUGGAGAGGCAAUCUAAGAAACGGGUCAAAGACAGACUUUCGGACGGAACUGUGUGGGAGGACUAGUUUUGAUUUGAGGCUUUCUCGAUUUUCUAUAACUUAAACCAGGCUUUUAAACCAUUUCAAUAGCAUCAAUCAUUUAAAACACUUAUAAAUACAUCUCUGACUGUUGUUCCUACACAUUCAGUUUUGAAUUCUGCAGCUCGGCAAAAAUCCGCACAGCCGUCUACCCAGUAAAAUAAAACUGAUAUUCUGGCAAAAAUGACGUUUGUUAGCUGAUUUUCGGCAAAUUAUUUGCCGAUUUUCAGCAACUUUGACAGAAAUCUCGGCAAAAAACAUGUUUGCUGGGGCACGGCUGUGCGAAACUCGGUAAAAGUUCAACAUUUUGCUGAGAUCCCGGUGAAAAAAAUUAAGUGUGUAAUCCUUGUUCUUGUUUCUAGUGUUUUGAUUUCAAUUUUCUGCUUCCGUUGCCAACCACCCUAAAUCGAAUAUAUAGCUUCUAUGAAUUCUAGAUAUCAUACUGGCCUAAUGCUCAUAGGUAGUUUAUCUUCGACAAACUCCGUUAUUACACGUCGCCUCAUAAUAGAAACAUAUCCAAAUAAACUCACGAACUAGAAGAGAUUGAGAACCAAAGCAGUAGCUUCAAAACACUGUAAAGAAGGAUAGUUUACAACCGUAGAUAAUAGUAAUGGCCGUUGCCAUCAGAUCAGAAAACCAACUUGCAUGGAAAAAGGCAGUUUCUUCAUCGAUAUCGAAGAUUCAGCAUAUACCAGGAAAAGGCAAAAGUAGAGAAUGAAUGAUAAACUUACUGUGUUCUGAAAACUCAGAUUUAAAAAUGUACAUUAUGUGGAAGCUUUUGAUUUGAAAAAUGUAUUGGAGGUAACCACUCUCCUUUCGAUGGAACUCGAAUCCACGACCCUCAGUACGCUAGACUGGUGCUUUAACCAACUAAGCUACGACGGACCUCCGUCAGCCUUUUUGCAUCUUAGCGGCAACUGAAUGAGCCCGAGAUUCCCGAAUUGAACGCAUAGUCAAAUCACUCACAAUUCAUUUGUCAAGCCAAGAAUUAUUGACAACCUGGAAAAUUAAGGGAAUUCUUGGGACAAUCAGGGAAAUCGGUAAGUGAGAAAGUGAACAUGUUGUAAUGUUGUAUCCACAUAAUUUAUUCGAAUCCUUGAUCACCUUGCCGUAACCCUCUGCGGGUUUCGAAGGGACUCGAGAAUCCCUGAGACUCAAACUACGCACAUCACCCGAUCCAUCGUGUCAGUUCAUCCGGAAAUCCGUGUUCGUGCAUUACCUUUUUUUUAGCAGGUCCUGAUCGAUAGUAUGGCUUUGAAGUCGAUGAAUAGAUGAUGUGUGGGCACGUUGUAUUCGCGGCAUUUCUGCAGUACUUGGCGAAUGGCGAACAUCUGGUCCGUGGUGGAGCGUUCGCCCAUAAAACCCGCCUGGUACUGCCCCACGAACUCCCUUGCAAUUGGUGCUAGUCGACGGCAUAAAAUUUGGGAGAGUACCUUGUAGGCGGCGUUCAGCAAUGUGAUUGCGCGGUAGUUGCUACAAUCCAGCUUAUCGCCCUUUUUGUAGAUGGGACACACGACACUUUCCAUGUGUGUUAUUAGCGCAGCACAGUUGCUCCGUCUCUUCACGGCCUCGAUCUUCCUGCUGACGCUUUUUCCUCCGGAAAAUCGAGUUUUGUCUGUUCCGCGCCUGUUUAUAUCGUGCCUCGUUCACCCUCGUGCGGUGUUGAGCAAUCUCGCCCAUGCUGCAUUCUUCUCUUCUACUAACUGCUCACAUUCGCCGUCAUACCAGUCGUUUCUCUGAUCCGAGGGCACCGUGUCAAGUGCAACGGUAGCGGUGCUACCAAUGGCCGAUCGAUCCGUUGGGAGUGCCACUUCCAGCUGCUGCGCAUAUUCUUGGGCUAGUCUACCGUCUUGUAGCCGCCCAAUGUUAAGCCGCGGCGUCCAACUUCGACGCGUGUUGUACACCGUCGAGAGUUUUGAGCGCAGGCAUACUGCAACGAGGUAAUGGUCGGAUUCAAUAUUCGCACUACGGUAAGUGCGGACGUUCGUGAUGUCGGAGAAGAAUUUACCGUCGAUUAGAACGUGGUCAAUUUGGUUU